AUGCCUUUCAAAGAGACAAAAUUACAACAGCUUGGUGAAUCUCGUAGCAUAGCAUUGAGCAGAUUCUUGUCCAUGGAACGUAAAUUGAAAAAACAACCAACGUUAAGGGAACAAUACGUGCAAUUCAUGACGGAAUAUUCAAACUUAGGACACAUGGUACGCAUAACAGAGGAAGAAGCAGUGAAAUGUACCCCACGUUAUUACAUACCGCAUCACGCAGUAGUAAAAAGUAAUAGCCUAACAACAAGGUUACGCGUAGUAUUUGAUGGUUCCUGUAAAACUAGCACCGGAAUAUCAUUGAACGACUGUCUUAUGGUGGGACCAACUAUACAACAAGAUCUCUUUUCAAUUCUACUGCGAUUCCGUACAUUUCGAUAUGCAAUUACGGCAGACAUCGCUCAAAUGUAUCGCCAGAUACGAAUGAACAAAGCUCAAACUGCUCUUCAAACAAUAUUUUGGCGGAAGGACCCAAGUGAAGAAAUAGCCACGUUCGAAUUGCAAACUGUAACAUAUGGAACCGCAUGUGCAUCUUUUUUGGCAAUAAUAGAACUGGCAAAUCUAAAUGCAUCAAAUUAUCCAAUAGGAUCAACCACAAUCAUUAACGACUUCUACGUUGACCUAUUAUCCGGAGCCGACACUGAACUUGAGAUAAGGCAACUUCGAGAUGAAACUAUCAAGAUACUAGAACAAGGAGGACUUCAGCUUAGAAAAUAG